AUGCAGUUCAAAUCUCUUGCAUUUUUCUUCCUUACUGCUACGGCACUCGCUACCCCUGAGGCACAGCAAAAGCGCGAUGAUCUCAAUGAUCUAAAAUCUCUUGUUGGUGGACUGGCUACCGCCCUACCAUCAGACCUUGCAGGCAUCGCCCAUGAUCUCAAGAGCCUCAGCAAUUUCCUCCCGCCAUCUGGCAUCAUAUCUGUUCUCGCAACUGCCAUUCCCCCAGGUGUCCGCAGCAGCAUCGAAGCCAAUCCUACCAACGCUCUUAAUUUCAACAGCGAACUGCACAGCAGCCUCAAGGCAGGAAAUACUCCCUCCUGGUAUAAUAAUCUUCCAUCCGAUGUGAAAUCCUACCUCAACCAAAUCGGCGGUUUUACCCCGACGGGCAGCUCUAGCCAAACGGGCGGCUCUGCCUCCCGACCUACCAGCAAUCCUAGCCAAAGCAAUACACCUGCUCGAGCAUCGGGUAACAUUGCUCCUCGUGCCACAGGCGCUAUUGCUGCCAGUUUUGCCGGUGUAGCCGGUCUCCUCGGCGUCGCGAUUAUGCUGUAA